AUGAGGACUCCGUGGGCAGCGGUGGCUGGGGCAGCCGCACGCAGCAGAGCCACUGGAAGCCUGUUCGGGGGAAGCGCUGGAGUUUUAGCAGUUGCUGCAGCAGCAGCAGCAACAGCAGACACAGCAGCAGCUACUGCAGCAGCUGUUGCUGAGGAGCAGAAAAGGCCGCUUCUGCGCAGCAGCUUGAGCUCCCCACUUUUCCUUCGUACAGGCAUUGAAGCUGCCUCACAAAAGGGGAGAUGGCGGCGCCUUGCUAUUUUGUGUCCGCUGCAGCAGCAGCAGCUAGAACAGCAGCGACAGCUGGUCAGAACCAGCACCUGCUUCUCCCAUCUUGCAUGCAGCUACAGCUGCAGCAGCAGCAGCAUCUUGGGCUGGCCCGCACUAUGCCGGCUAGCUGCUAGUAAGCCAAUAGCGAAUAAUGCCAAUUGGGCUCCUGAGGGUCUGUGGGAAGCUGCUGCUGGCGGUUCAGCCCGAAAACAGCGCCUCCUGCUGCUACAACCCCGGCAACAGCAGCCUGGGGUGCUGCAGGCCCUACAACAGCGCUGCUUUCUGCUGCUGCAACAGCCGCGAGGGACGCAGCAGCAGCUGCAGCAGCAGCGCUUCAUAAGCACGAAGCGGCGGCGCUAUUUCAAGAUGCGGAAGUUUCACAAGAAGAAGUACAAGAAGCGGCUGUUGCGGUCUAAAAAAGUCCCUUUUGUAGAGAUAAAUAAACCGAAGAGGACUUGGAAAACGCUGCAUGAAAUGAAACUGAUUAGAAAAGAGUUCAGGAGAGGCGUGCCCAAGAAAGGCGCCAGGAUGCUCAAGCUUAGGCGACAGCGCUGA